GAGAGAAAUGAAGGGAUGGCGGAUAAACCAUGAUAGUUUUUCACAAGAAAAAGACCAUAAUAUAUCACAAAAAAAGAAGCGGGAAAUACAACCAGCUGAAAGAGGUUGACUAAAGGUAUAUUCGAUCAGUAUGAUUGUCCGAAAGAACACUAAAAUGACCGAACAGCGCAGACCGUUGCGAGAAUGAGAUAAAUAUGCGUUCUUGUAAUCGACGGGUGUAAGUUUCUUCUACCCGUCACAUUUCUUUCGAAUGGUUGACAUUUAAUGUCGAGAAAAAAAAAAGUCGAAACAUAGUACGGUCAUCAGAUUCGAACUUUAAAAUGCGUCAACUGCUCAGUUGGUUCUGCUCUUUUUGUUAUGGAUUUGUCAGUAGAGCAGGAAAGUCUUGAGGCAAUUGGCUCAGAAGCAUUUCCAACAUCCCCUGAGAUCCUCUCAGAAGAGUCGCAUUCUUUAAUAGCGUGUUCAUCAGAUGAGUGCUCAAAUGCCGAGACUAAACAAGGAUCUGGAUUGUCUUCCAGUUGUUCCUCGGAUGUGGUGGAGUCUAUUCCAAAUGACAUUAUAAAUGAUGCAGGAAAUGACGAGGAACAGUGUGUCACCAUUGCAACAGAUACCAUCAACUGCAGCUCCCCACAAGUGUUACAUGACAGAGGUGAAGAGACAGAUGCAGACGAUACAGGUUUGCUGUACAUUCAAAACUGCAGCUCACCAGAGGAAAGUCAGCAAACUCAUAUGCUCGUGAUACCCAGGUCAAGGGAAGCAACCAAAAAUCACUCACGACUGUUUGAAUGUGAUUAUGCUGACUGUGGAAGAACAUUUAAUACUGCAGCGCAUCUCAGAUACCAUGUUCGAACACACACAGGAGAAAAACCAUACUCUUGUUCACACGAAGGAUGUGGUAGGAAUUUUACAUCAUCUGGCUACCUACGAUAUCACCAAUGUACACACAGUGGAAAAAGAACAUUCAAGUGCCAACACCCAGGGUGUGACCGCGUGUUUGCAUGGCCAGCACACAUGAAAUAUCACAUGAAGACUCACACUGGGGACAGAGCAUAUCACUGUUCUUUUGAAGGUUGUAACAAAAGCUUUUAUGUCUUGCAGAGGCUUAAUGUUCAUAUGAGAGUACACACAGGUGAACGGCCUUACACAUGUAAUGUGGAAAACUGUAUGAAAUCAUUUACAACACAAGGAAAUCUGAAGAAUCAUAUGCGCAUACACACAGGGGAGAGGCCGUAUACAUGUACUCAUGAAGGGUGCGGUCGCACUUUCACUGAACAUUCUAGUCUUCGGAAACACAAGCUUAUACACACUGGAGAGAAACCUUAUGUCUGUGAAAUCUGUGGCAAGACAUUUAGUCAGAGUGGAAGCCGCAAUGCUCAUCAAAAAAGACAUGCAGGUGCAAAUAAGGGUGAAAAGAGAAGUAAGAAGGCAUCUGGCAAAAUUGGUUCUACUGCACCAGUUGUUGAGGAUACAGAAAGUGGUCAAAUGCUUCAGCAUCUUGAUAAUAUGGUUGAUACAGGAGGUGAAGAUGAGCAAUCCAUUACUUCCCAAGCCCUUGUGUACUCGCAAGGAGAGCAUACCAUUGUAACACAAGCCUCAGAAGACCAGUUGGUAUUAGCUCAACCUAUCGUAGCUAAAGAAGUAUCCAUAGAAACCACACCAGUUCAGACGAUGUCUCUGCUAGUGCAUGCCACUGAUGACCCAAUGGUAAAUCCAGAUGGUCUUACUCAGGCAACUGCCGAUGUUGUGUCUCUGGCAGAAUCUGUCGUGGCUCAGCAAGCUGUCAUUCACACCAUGCUAGACGGAGCGGCCAUCAUUCCCACAAGUAACCAGUCAGAGAUGUCAGUUGUAGAUCAGGUGUUGCAUCAGUCAAAUGUCGAGCAUAUGAUGCAAGGUGUAGUGAGUCAACACAUUCUCGCAGGGCAGAUCCAACUGCCUCUUUCUGUGGAGCUAGAGCCAGCACAAGAACAGGGUGGGGUAGUACCCCACCUAACAGUGGACCUGUCGGGGCUCAUCCAACAGACUGAUGAACAGUCUGCACAAGAAAGUGAGGAAGAGGAAGUAGUUAAAGAGCAUGAAUUUCAUGUUGUCACAGAAGACAAUCAAGAUAUGCAAGAAAACUGACAAUAGUUCUUUUACAUGUCUGCAGCUGUUCUCAACUCUAUACAAUUUAACGAACAAAAUUAGUGACCAUUAAAAUAGAUAUAUUUAACAAAAUCAAGAUUUAAGUUUAUUACACGAUAAAAGAAUAGUCAUGGAAACCAGUCUGACCCCUCUCUAUUAGAUAUACGAGUUCUUUGAGAACAAACCAAAACUUGUCACUGAAUCAAGGGGAUAAGUUUCUAAAUAAACUAUGUUGCAUCGUGGGGAAGUAUAACAAGGUAAUUUUGGUUUUAUCAACUGAGUUGAGAUUGUAAGUUGACUACCAUAAAUAGUUGCGAAGCUGACGUUCCAAGCGUAAGCCCUUUGUCAGAGCGAAGGGUAAAGGGCUAAUGCGCUUGAGACGUCAGUUGAGAAACUCUACGGUGGCCCAGUUACAUUAACUAUUUCAGUUGAUAUAACCAAAAUUAUCUUGAAAAAUUAUCGCUGUUUACAUGAUAAUCAUUUCUGUUGACUGUUAAUUUUGGAAUUUAUGUUCUAUCCUUGAGGUAAUUUACCCGUGAUAUCACUGCAUAUUAGUAUGUUCUUCCAACAUUUCCCCCCGUUUUCUAUAGUUCUGACAAGGAGAAUUACUUUAGCAAUCAAGAACUGCUGUUUGUGCUUUGUUCCACUGCUUGAUUUAGAAAAGUAUCUCCAGAAAAAGUUGGACAGUAAGAGCCAAGCAGCUUGACCACUAAAGAACGUUUCAGUGUGCUUACUGACCACGCGUACUUUACAUUUCCCAUAGUUUCCAGUUAAUAGGUGUAGUUUUAAUUCUUCGCUCUACCUCAAAACUAUAAGCAGUCUCUACCUUUUGGCCAAGUCUGUAGCGCGUGCGAAAGAAUCCGCGAAUAGAAAUUUUUCCCUCCUAGCAAGGAAAGCGAACUUUUCCUUCCUACAGGAUGCAACUUUGCCCCCUGGCUUCCCCGUGAUUACGACAAGAGUUUACCUAGAUUGUUUCGUCAGAAGGUUCUACUCAAGAAAUCGGGAUGCAUUUUAGGAUGUUUUCAUCAAAAUGUGGUAAAGGGCAUGUGCUUCAGUUAGCACAGCUGGCCAUCAAGAGAGAUGUAUCUAGCCAGGAGUACUAAAGUUUCAGCUGAUGCGUCACCUCACAGCUGAACAAACUGGUAUCAAAUGCCAAGUUUACUUCAACAAAUCAACUUGAGGGGGUUGAACAACGUUAACAUGCCUAAGGACAUUGACUAGAACGUUUAGCAUGUAAUGGGCUUCUUAACAGCUCCAUUCAUCAGGAAAAAUUUAACAUUAUCCUGGGAAGCUGGGUGUCAAGUUUCUUAAUUACCUCUAUUUCCCCCACUAUUAAAUGUUAAAAAAAGAAAAAAUAAGAAAAGAUAUCAUUCAAAAGUAAUUUAUUGUCAAUAAAUGCCAAGUUGCAUCCAAACAUAAAAAAAAUCCAAUUAUUAGACAUACAUGAUCCAAAAAUAACUCUGACAAGAUGAAAUCAAGUAAUUCAACUCUUACAGUGAUUGACAUAUAGAUCUGUUUUGUGUGCUGCCUGCCGGCUGCGUAAAACCAGACUAAAAAAACCCUCUGUGGGACAAAAACAGUCUGGAAACAUAGUCCUGGCCCAAUGCAAGCAGCUGACACC